UGUGCCACAAACAAGCAUCUGUGGCUUCUCUGCAUGUCUGCCACGCAACCCACGUCAUUUGCUGCGACCCCUUUAUAAUGGAAACCCUUCGUUCUGCGUCUGAAUCUACAGAAUUAGCAAGGACCCAUUGGGGAGGAACUUCUCUACGCACUGGAGAUGGCUACAGAUGCUUUGGCAACAGCAGCGCCUCUUGCCCCUGUUACUUAUGAGAGACCUGUUCGAGAUGACUUGGAAGAUACCCUGCCAAAGCCUUACCUCGCAAGAGCACUUCAAGCUCCUGAUACAGAAAAUCCUAAUGGAACCCCAGAACAUAAUCAUUAUGGCAUGAGUGUCCUGCAGCAGCAUGUUGCCUUUUUCGACCAAGAUGGCAAUGGAAUAGUUUACCCCUGGGAGACUUACACUGGAUGUCGUGCAAUUGGGUUCAAUCCAAUUUUCUGUCUUAUCUUGGCAGUUGUUAUCAAUUUAGCCUUGAGCUAUCCUACUUUGCCUGGAUGGUUUCCUUCCCCCCUUUUCCCCAUUUACAUACACAACAUACACAGAGCAAAGCAUGGCAGUGAUUCAGGAACCUACGACACCGAAGGAAGAUACAUGCCUGUCCAUUUUGAGAACAUUUUCAGCAAGUAUGCUAAUACAUUGCCUGACAAGUUAUCCUUGAGAGAGAUCUGGAACAUGACAGAGGGACAGCGACUUGCCUAUGACCUCUUUGGAUGGUUUGCAGCCAAGUUAGAAUGGGGGGCCCUCUACAUUCUUGCAAGAGACGAAGAAGGCUAUCUGUCUAAGGAAGCUAUUCGGCGCUGUUUUGAUGGUAGCUUGUUCGAGUAUUGUGCUAAAAUGAACAGGGAAAAUGAGGCUAAGAUGCAUUAAUGGCUACUACCAUAGGUAAUGAUACUUGUGUAAUAAGUUUGGAGAUGAUCUUUACAUUGUGCAGAUAUUGCAAACCUGUUCAGAUUAGUAUAUAGCUGGAAGUCUAGAAUUGGCAUAGAAAAGUUUCAAUAAGGUUGUGAAGUCGACGUUUCCUUUUUUUCCAGGUGUAAUGAUGUUGAUGUGUUCUUUUUCUAAUGCGUACUGAUUGAAAAUCAAGGAAGAACUGUUUCAAUUCUCAAAAAAUAGAACUUUUCUGUGGAGCAGUUUCAGAGGAUCUUUGAGGGACAAACACACUAGUAAUAAAAGACUUUUGAGUUUAACCAAAUAUGCUCUGGAUGCUGAUGUUUCAAGAAAACGUAAUACAAUGAAUUUGGGGUUUGCAUGUCCUUACACGGAGUCCUUCAAAGCUGCAUUUGUCUCUGAACAACUGAUAAAUUGUUUCCUUGUGUUGGCCUUCAAUUUUUUGCAUAUAAAAUCACAAGUGCGUAACGAUUCCACGUGACUUGGAGAGAGCAUUAAUGUUUGACAGUGAAAAAAGUGAGAUACUGACUUUAGUAGGGGUCUAGUCCAGCCAUCAUAACCAACAUCAACGAGAUUCUCUAUUGUGGCUGAUCAAUGAUCUGAACCCUGCUUGGUUUCAACUUGUUAAAGAGCUUCAUGGGGUAUGGUAUUCCGUGUCUGGUGCUUUGCCUCGACUUGUCCGUUCCUCAAGUUCAGUUGCCACCCAAUGCUUACUUUGAAAGACCUCACCCGCUCAUACGACCAAAUGAAAAGGAAAAAGAAGAGCGGUAUGGGGAGUUUGCUCAUAGUGGCCUUUUUUUCAAACAAUCCGUGUUUACCUUACCUUUUUUAGGUGCACCAUUGCAGAGAUGAAACGUUUUCUAAAUUUUGCCGCUUGAAUAGAUAUCCCUAAAUUACUCUUGCA